AUGGCACCAAAAGGCGGUUACAGGAAAAUCCCUGGUGAUGAAGAUAAUAAAGUCAGUUUUGUAUCUUCACUUUUUUAUCGUUGGAUGAACGGAGUACUUAAGGAGGGCAGUCAGAGACCUUUGGAUCAAAAUGACUUUUUACCCUUGUCAGACGAGAACUCUGGCCGUUUUGUCACCGACAAGCUUCAAAAAAGCUGGGAAAGCGAGAAACAUCAUUGCAAGAUAAAUGGGAAAAGGCCCAAACUUUGGAGAAGCGUGUUUUAUAUGCUUUCUGUCAAAGAUGUUAUCAUCAUUUUGACGGGGAAUAUAUUGUUUGCAACUUCUCGCCUUCUCUUUCCACUGUUUCUCGGGUAUCUUGUUUCUAAGCUUAUGUCAACUGAGGCAGAAAAUACUUAUGGGCUCUACGCCUGCGCAUUAGCUAUGUGUCUAAAUGGUUUGAUCGGUAAUCUUAGUAUGCACCAGCAAGACUACAGAUGUGAAAUAUUGGGAAUCAAAAUAGGAAGCGCCCUGAGGGGACUGGUGUACCACAAGGUAGGCACGAUCCUAAAGAGCAUUCUAUGCAGUUGUCGAAGGCUCAACUGAUUUUUCUAACACCCUAAACACCCCAAAUAAAGCCGAACAAACGUGAACACAUUUAUCUAUCCGAUAAAGAAUGGUUUUUUUUCUACAAAUCUGAUCGAUUGCUAUCGGCUUAUGCCAUAUGGAGACCCAGGAGGAGAGGAUUAUUCAACUUCAUUUCUGGUUGCUUCUUCUGCGAGAACAAGCAAUCCUGCUCUUUAACAAAAAAAAUUGAAGAAACAAACAGUUGUUUAGCCUGCAGUAAACGGGGAAGCAGGCUACAGAAACCAUAACGUACGUAUACGGCCUGCUUCUGAACGAGAUUCAAAAUGGCGCCUGAGUUGUCCCUCUUUUAACACAUCUAAAGAUAAUUUUGUAGAGGUUUGAAUACUCUCGUCUCGAAACGGAGCCACGGAUAUCUUAAUGCGGGACAUUAAAAUAAUAUGGUUUAUGGAACAGACUUCUUCAUUAAUUUCUAAUCUCUACCUUCUUUCAGACGCUUCUACUCAGCAAGCAGACGUUACUGAAAUUCACUGCAGGACGCUUAUUUGACCUGAUAUCCAAUGAUGUUAAAAGAAUGGAAGAAGAGACAGUCAAGUUUUUUGCCUUAGCCGUUUUUGCAGUUCCUGCUUAUGCAGCAGCAAUAUUCCUUAUCUACAAUUUGAUUGGUUGGCAGGCUGUUACGGGUGUGUUCUUCCUGUGUAUUCUCAUGCCAUACUAUGCCGUCUUAUCCUAUGCUAAUGCUAAGCUGCGCUUGCGCACAGCUACAGUGUCGGAUCAGCGAAUCUCCCUAAUGAAUCAAGUAGUUUCCGGGAUCCGCGCGGUCAAAAUGCAUGCAUGGGAAGACGAAUAUGGACGAAAGAUUAAACAUGUGAGAAGGUGAGAUAAAUUAUCUUUUUUAAUCAGAAGUAGGCUCAAACAACUACUUUAUUCAUUCCUGUAAAUUUUGACCCUUAUUAUUCAAAACUGGGAAAUAAAUAGCCACAAAUCUGUUUCGUCUCCACCGAGAGCUUUAUUAGCUAGGCUGUUUAAACAUACCCCCUUAUCACCAGAAAGGAGAUCUUUGGACCGCUGUAUGAGCCAAUCAGAAUUCCUCUUUUCACAAAGAAUAAGUGUCUCAUGUAACCCAUUCCAUAACCGGAGGACUGGCCAGUCAGUUACAAAAAUAGCAGUACCUACUGAGUAGAUAGUGUUAAAAGAACGCUCUAGCUGGUUACUUAAACUCCGAGUAUCCUUUGGAAUUCACCUUCGAGCGACUCUUGAGAGAUUUGUGCCAGAAGAUAUUGUAAUCGUUUUCACCUCAGUGUCGGUGAAAGAGGGUGGUUAUCACCUCCACUUCGGAGAAUAAUCGUUUAUUAUUAGAGGUAGAACAUCUCAAACAGCCUAACCUGUCUUCAGUUGGUAUUAUUUCUCAUACGCUGUCGUGGGGUAGCAAGAGACACACUUUCACAAAGAAGUGAACGAUGAGGAAGGGUGCACUUGCCGCCCGCUCACCUCGUUAAUAUUUCAAUUUAGAGAGGACACUGACUACGAGUUAGUUCGACAGAAUGCCCACAUAACUUAUGAACUUACGAUAACCUUUUAUCUUCAGAAAUGAAAUCAGCGUCAUUUCGAAGAGGACAGCCAUUCAGUCAAGUAUCGAUGCCUUGACAUACAGUGCAACGCCACUGGCCACUCUGGUGUCAGUAAUUACUAUGGUGCUUACAGGCCAGACCCUCACGCCCGCCAAUGUUUUUAUGCUGCUGUCGUUUAUGGGUGUUUUAAAAUUUAUUGGCAUGUUGAAUUUGACACCUGGUUUAUUGGUAACGUAUGACGCCUAUGUUUCGCUCGGAAGAAUCGAAGAAUUUCUUCUUUUGGAAAAUCUGUUGGAAGUCUUGGAGAGUGAUGAAAGCAACGAGCCCCAACAAAAAGCGGAAAGUACCUCAAGUAACCAAAGUCCCAAUAACUUGAAAAAAGAAGAGGAAAAUAUGCAGAAAGUUUCCCUCUCUCGUGAAGUAAAAGAAUUAGGACCUACUAUUCUACGUGUGUCAAAUUUAAGCUACGCAAAAACGCAUCGUGAAGAUGAAUUUAUUCUUGAGGAUAUCAACUUCUUUGCACCCUCAAAGAGUUUAACAGUCAUUACCGGUCCGGUUGGAAGUGGGAAGUCUACUCUUCUCUCAGCGAUCGCUGGUGAAAUCUCGAACGCCAGUGGCACGAUUGAUUAUCAAGGUUCUGUCAUUUACUUGCCUCAGACUGCUUGGGUGUUCUCGGGAACGAUAAAAGAAAACAUUCUAUUUGGCCAACCCUACGAGGAGUCUAAGUACGAAAGAAUAAUCGACGUCUGCGCUCUGAAAGAAGACUUUCAGCGGUUACCUGAUGGUGACCAAACAGUUGUUGGAGAACGCGGCGAGGUUCUCAGUGGAGGGCAACAGGCGAGAGUAAGUUUAGCUCGUGCAGUUUAUGCUGACGGAGAUAUUUAUCUAUUGGAUGAUCCACUGAGUGCUGUCGAUGUUAAAGUUAGCCAACACAUCUUUAACAAAUGCAUCGAAGAUCUACUAGGCGAUAAAAUCGUUCUGUUUGCCUCUCAUCAGCAACAGCACAUGGAAAAUGCUGAUGAAGUGAUUGUGUUGUACAAAGGGCGUGUCCUCGACAAGGGACGCUUUGCUGAGCUGCACGACAAAGGUGUAAUCAGUUCAACUGUUGACCCGCUCCAUAAAGUGGCUCUGAAGGACAAAACGGGUUCAUCUGAGCCGUUCUCGUGGGAAAAUAAGGAGGAAGAAGAUAAUGCUGAAAAGUACCUAAAAAUGCAUUCUUUGCCUAAUGAAGCGAAGAGUUUGGAGAUAGAAAAGGAGGAUCGUACAAUCGGAGUUGUGACAUCCAGGCUUUAUUGGGACUAUUUCAGAAGUGGAGCACAUCCUUUGAUGAUAACUGGAAUGGUCGGUUUAAGUCUCAUUACACAAGGUAAACUUAUCGUUAGAGAGAGUUACAAAGCUUGGCUCAAGCCUUCAAAGGGAAUAUAGCAACCUUUUUUCUAUAUUUUUUUUUUCUACUUCGUGCAAAUCAUGUCACAAUGGCUAUGCUUUGAACAAACAAUACAGGUUCUUUUUAGAUUAUAUGGUAGAGUUACGAGAAAUUGUACAAAUGUCUGACCAUGUCCCCGAUAUCUCACUUGUUCGUACAAGCACGAGGCAAGUGUGAGUGAAUGGUGAGUCAUGCGCAAAAGGAAGAGCUGGUGUUUUUCUCCUCACGUUUGCCUUGAACUUGCCUCGACUCGCCUGAACAAGAUGAAAAAAACCACUCGCUCUACGAACUAACUUUCUGAGACCAAAGGCUGUUUUCUAACCAUAUUUAUGGGUAACAUGGUUGACUGCUUCAUCUAUUCUGUGACAUUGUAGUGCUUACAUAGACAUCCCCAUGAUACUAGCGGUAGUAGCUAAUCCAGGCGGGUUGUCUCUAGGCCCAACAAAUCUUGUACAAUAUACAUAUAUAUCAAUGUACAACUGUGUUUCAACCAUGACAUGUUAAUGGUGUUUCUUUCAGCCAUCAUAGCUGCUCCAGACUUGUGGCUCUCGUGUCUUGCAAGACUAAACCCAGAGAAUCAGAAGAAUAAGACUUAUCUAUCUGUCCUCGCCUGUCUGGUUGGCGCGUGUUUUAUAUUUACUAUCAUUCGGGCUUAUGGAUUCUUCCAUGUUUGUCUAAAGUGCGCCGAGCGUCUUCACGAUAAAAUGGUUGUGGCCAUUUUACAAGCACCUGUCCUGUUCUUUCAUUCCAAUCCGGUGGGAAGAAUCCUAAAUCGCUUCUCCAAUGACAUUGGCUGCGUAGAUGAGAUGUUACCCAAAACAUUCCUAGCGGCAGUGCAGAUGCUAUUGAUGAUAUUUAUCCAAAUUCUAAUAACAGUAGCCACAAAUGUUUGGCUCAUGUUUCUUGUUGUUCCAAUUUCCAUGCUGGUCGUUUUUCUAUCCAGUUAUUACUUGAAGACUGCCAGAGACCUAAAGAGGUUAGAGUCGAUAUCCCGAAGCCCAGUGUUGGCUCAUUUUUCAGAGAGCCUGAUAGGACUGGACACGAUUCGUACGAGACGAAGACAUACAGAUUUUGUGGAUGCACUUUACAGGUAUGUUGGAGACAUUGCUUUAGUGUGUGGUGCCAGAGCCAAUAAAUGCACAGGGCAGAAAUGAGUCGUAAUUGCUCAUUUUCUGUGAGUUAUUUAUUUUUGAUUUACCGGUAAUACACGAAAUUGCAUCACGCCUCUCUUGUAAUCCUAUGUGGUAUGUGCUGAGACACUGGUCAGCAAGUGGACUUUUCCGUACGAGGCACGGCUUCGAAACGAAGCUGUCCGAAAGAGGCACGAAGGGCAUUACCAAUGGUAAGACUACAGUAAUUGUUCUGUGCGGUUUUCGUCCUUCUGAUAGGAUUUCAACAGACACAUAAUAUGAGCGUUCAAUCGACAAGAUCACGUGACGCAGAAAUUUCACGAUAAGUGAAAACUAACAAAUUUAUCGAACACGACUGGUUAUCAUCGGCCCGAUUUGAGCACCAAUAACGCAGUGUAAGUGUCAUGCUUGUAACUGGACAGUGACAAGUCAUGCCUGUGUGUAAGUGUAUGCGCGCGCUGUUGUCGCGAGUUUCGCCGAGUUUCUUUUCUUCUAUGAAAACGUUUAACUGUUGUCUAGUUUCUUUCUCUGAUUUUGUCAAACCUUUGAUUAAUUGGUAAGAGAACGUCAUGUCGUCCAAUUAUGUCUUUAAUAAUACACGUGAUUAAAAAAAUCUUGAUUUUGUUAAUAACUCGUAUGAUUACUGACCGAAUUGGACUCUAUUACGAGUUUAACAGGGAAUACAGACAAGUGCCACUCGUCUCCUCUUUCUGAUAAAUUUUAUACUUGAUAUAAGAGAUGUAGUUGUGAUAGAAAACAGUUAAGAAUUGGUCUUUUUUGGGAGAAUUCACCAUUUUUAAUGGAAAAUAUCCACAUCGUUAACAAAUUCGGCUCUUGCGGCUCUCACUUCAUCUCGACGAAUGGUACAUACCUAAGACUUAGAUGAGGCUACGGAAGUGAUCUUUCGGACAGUUAGCUAGAAGCUUACGGAUGUUGAUUUGAGAGUAACAUCUUUUUGAGAGGGUGGGGUGUCGGGCAGAAUUUGUUAAGGGGCUCCAUUACAUUGUCAGGCCGAAGGAGACACUGGUCUCACUUCGGUGUGGAGACCUGGUGUAAUCUCUUUAAGAAUUGUUUUGGAGUGAUUGUCGUAAAAAAAAUGCAAGAUAAUAAUAAAAGCCAAUCAAAACAAAAUAAAAGAUCACAAGUAGUGACAGAGGAUUUAACGUAAAAUCAUGGAAACCGUAUUGAACGCUGACAAAGGCGUUCCGCCAAUAGGCGGUUGGUUUUUCGCAAGUUUGCUUGACAAAUCACUAAGCAAAGUAAUACCAAGUUUAUACAAUCCGGUCUAUUUUCAACAGUCAACUAAAAAAUCAUCCCAUUAUUAAAACUUAUUGUGAUAAACACUCGUCCCCUCAGAUAUCAAGAUGUUCAUAAUCAGGCGUACAUUAUGGUGAUGGCCAGCGGUAGGUGGCUCGGUGCACGUUUGGAUUGUCUCGCUUCCUUGUUAGUCGGUGCAGUUGCUCUGGCUGCAAUCUUGGUAACUCAAGAUGCCGGUAAGUUCAGGAUUCUUAGUAACGACUUUGAGUCUUUCUAUGUGAUGUUGGAAUCUAUAUAGUCGUGUAUCAACACAGAAUGAACAACUGAAUAAUUUUAUAAGAUAAGUGUGACCAUACGUGCUCUCUCAUUAACGGGUGGUUUCUAAAAACGAUAAAAACGUGAGAGUCACUCGGGUGGCUUAAGUGCUAUACAAACUUUGAAGUGUCUUCUAUGAUUUAAAAAGGGGAACUUGUGUUGAUAAAUCCUCUGCACCUACUUAGCUUGGAGUUAAAACAGCGAUACUGAGGAAGACGUAAGAAAGACUCGUUAUUUUAAUCCCUUCUAUAAGUGACUGCCUGGACCAGACUAGGUACCCUAGACUGUAAAGUUUUCGUUAAAUUUUUUGAGCGGUAGAGAGAUAACAAGUCCAGAAUUUAUACAUUUAAGUUCCAAGUUUUCUUUUCAGCUUACGCCGGUCUUGCUCUUGUUUAUGUCAUCCAAACUCUGAGCUCGACUCAAUACGCUGUUAGAAAAACCUCUGAAGUGGAAAACUACAUGACGUCAGUUGAGCGAGUUAUGACCUACACCAAACUUGACCGGGAGCCUGGAUACAAGGAAGAACGAAGACCCCCACAAGACUGGCCUCGGAGAGGAAGUAUUGUGUUGAGAGAUGUAUCACUGACGUACUAUCCGGGAGGACCUAAAGUGCUGAAGAACAUCAAUCUUAGCAUCAAAGGAGGAGCAAAGAUUGGAGUUGUCGGCCGUACGGGAGCCGGGAAGUCAUCUUUCGUAGCAGCUCUUAUGCGCAUGCCUGAUGCUGAUGGAGAGAUAACCAUCGACGAUGUUCCAAUUAAAGACAUAGGCCUCCAACAAGCUCGACGAGGUAUCUCGGUUCUUGGCCAAAGUCCUGUUCUUUUUAGCGGAUCAUUGAGGAAAAAUCUGGACAUUUUUGACAAGUUUCAAGACGCUGAAUUAUGGCAGGCUUUAGAGGAUGUGCAACUGAAAGAUUUCGUCGAGACACUUGAAGCCAAGCUGGAUCACAAACUGCUGGAGCAUGGCGCUAAUGUGAGUGUUGGAGAGCGGCAGUUAGUUUGCUUGGCUCGUGUGCUGCUACAGCGAAGUAAAAUCGUCGUCUUGGAUGAGCCAACUGCGCAUGUUGACCCAGACACAGAGCAGACGGUUUGGAAUGUAGUGCGGGACAAACUGAAAGAGUCCACUGUCAUCACUAUAGCUCACCGUUUGAACACGAUAAAAGACUGCGAGAAGAUUUUGGUCUUGAAAGAUGGAAAAGUUCAAGGAUUUUAUAAAUUUGAUUCUAUAAUGAACAUGAAUUGAUAUGCGGUUUAAGGUUGAAAUACCUCGAAUGUCGCGCAGGUCUGAUCCUGCAGAGCUCUACAUAGUAGUAUAGGUAAUCACAUGAUUUCGCGUGCAAUUUGGAAUAAAUAAGCAAGUGUUAAUUUCUUUUGAAGACUUACAAUUUGUGGUCCUUGAAAAAAUUAAUAUAAUGAAAUAUAUUAAAAAAAUACGAGAUAGCUUAUCAUAAUUAUGCAGAAGCAAAGUGCGCGCAUCAUCAUUAUCAUCAUCAUCAUAUUUUAUUUGCCUUAUUUACACAAUACAAAAAAAUUAUUAACAGCGGUUAUAGCAAGAAGGCAAGGAGACCCAGGAAGCCACCGGGCUUAUGAGAGAGCCACCUCACUUAUAUUAAUAAAUAAAGUAAAGAAAAAUUGCUGCGAAUGUGCGGCUAGGCCAAUUCAGAAAUUAUUUACGUUAAGUAAAACCUCUUGCAUUUUCGUCUUAAAACUAGGAAGGUUUGAGGAACGAGUGACUGAAACAGGAAGAGAGUUCCAAAGUUUAGGACCUUGGUAGAGAAUUGUGAAUUGCUUGAGAUUUGUACGGCACAAAUGCGUUCGAUAAUUACUCGCUGUUCCGGUACCAUAGUUGUGAAUUUGGCUAUUCGUUACCAAAAGAUUGAGGCCAAUUCAGCUAGGUAGUCUGAGUUGGUGAUAGCCCGCACAGCUCACUUUUGCAAGUAAUAAAUUCUAUUUAAGUUAGAUACGUAUGUGGACAACCAGGCGCAGUUACAAUAGACGAUAUAAGGAUAAAUUGAGGUGUAGUACAAAGUGGGUUUGGUUGUAGAGGAUGGGAAAAAGCGAGACCUGAAUAUAAUACCUAUUGAUUUAACGAUUUGUUUACUGACAUAGCUGAUAUGGUGUUUCCAGGAGAGAUGAUCAUCAAUAUAGACCCCAAGGAAUUUAGUUAUGUUAGAUUGUUGUAGGAAUUUACCUCCAAAGGAGAGAGAAAUGCUGGAGUUAAGUUUCUUCUGUCUGGGUUUAAAAAUUACGUAGUUAGAGCUUAUUGCAGAGCUUAUUGCAUUUUAACAUUUUAGCAAUUUCAUUAAGUACGGAUUCUAAGGAAUUAGGGUUUGAGUGAGAAUAAAAGAUACUGGUAUCAUCAUCGAAAAGCAGAGGGUCUUUUAAUUCAGAGGCAUUAGGGAGGUCAUUUAUGUAUAGAAUGAACAAUAGAGGGCCUAAAAUCGAACCUUGAGGGACACCACACUGGAUGGUUUGCGUUGGAG